ACGCUGCGGCCGCUCCCCCUGUGUCCGCGCGUCCUGGGCCGCUGAGGUGCGGUGCUCAGCGCGGAGUCCCAAGCAGGUUGUGCGAGGAGCGCAGCAUGUGGAAGUGGCGUGCGGGGCAAGAGGGCGUGGCAGGCAGCUAGCUUCCCGGUCCUAGUUGCGUCCCCGCCCCCGAGGCCACUGGCGGCCACCCCUGCCCCAGGAGAGGCGGUAACGCGGCAUUCCCCUCUGCGCCGCCGUUUCCAGGCGCAGCGUGGCCCUGCCUCCGGGCGUGGCCCGAGGUGGGACGAGCCUGGCGUCUGGUGUGGGGUGCCACCGCCCCUCAGACUGGGCCGCGAGCUGCUGCUGGGGGGACAGCGUGGUUUCUCUCUCAGGACGUGGUUUUGGCGCCCUGCCUCGUGAGCCCCGUGGGAGACCAGCCCGGGCUGAGGCUCGUCCGUCCGCACCGUUACUCCGCCUAACGGCCCGCGUCGUGGAGCAUAUCUGUUAAGAUGUCUUAAGAUGUUUUAGAAAAAGAACCAUGGAGAAGUAUGUUAGACUACAGAAGAUUGGAGAAGGUUCAUUUGGAAAAGCUAUUCUUGUUAAAUCUACAGAAGAUGGCAGACAAUAUGUUAUCAAGGAAAUUAACAUCUCAAGAAUGUCCAGUAAAGAAAGGGAAGAGUCAAGGAGAGAAGUUGCAGUGUUGGCAAACAUGAAGCACCCAAACAUCGUCCAGUACAGAGAAUCGUUUGAAGAAAAUGGCUCUCUCUACAUAGUGAUGGAUUAUUGUGAAGGCGGGGAUCUGUAUAAACGAAUUAAUGCUCAGAAAGGCAUUUUCUUUCAAGAGGAUCAGAUUUUGGACUGGUUUGUACAGAUAUGUUUGGCCUUGAAACACGUACACGAUAGAAAAAUUCUUCAUCGAGACAUAAAAUCACAGAACAUAUUUUUAACCAAAGAUGGGACAAUACAACUUGGAGAUUUUGGAAUCGCUAGAGUUCUUAAUAGUACUGUAGAGCUGGCUCGCACUUGCAUAGGGACCCCGUAUUACUUGUCACCUGAAAUCUGUGAAAACAAACCUUACAAUAACAAAAGUGACAUUUGGGCCCUGGGGUGUGUCCUUUAUGAGAUGUGUACACUUAAACAUGCAUUUGAAGCUGGCAAUAUGAAGAACCUGGUGCUGAAGAUAAUCUCUGGGUCCUUUCCACCUGUGUCCUUGCGUUAUUCUCAUGAUCUCCGCAGUUUGCUCUCCCAGUUAUUUAAAAGAAAUCCUAGGAAUAGACCAUCAGUCAGCUCCAUAUUGGAGAAAGGUUUUAUAGCUAAACGCAUUGAAAACUUUCUCUCACCUCAGCUUAUUGCCGAAGAAUUUUGUCUAAAAACAUUUUCCAAGUUUGGAGCACAGCCUAUACCAGCUAAAAGACCGACUUCAGGACAAAGCUUGGCUUCUGUUGUGCCUGCUCAGAAAAUUACAAAGCCUGCUGCUAAAUAUGGAGUGCCUUUAACAUACAAGAAAUUUGGAGAUAAAAAAUUGCAUGAAAAGAAACCACUCCAAAAACAUAAACAGGCCCAUCAAACUCCACUGAAGAAAGUGAAUCGUGUAGAAGAAAGGAGGAAAAUGUUUGAGGAGGCACCAAGAAAGAAAAGGUCGGAAUUUACUGAAAAAGAAAAGAAACAAAAGGAUCAGUUGGAGAGAACAAAUAGGGCCAGGGAGCAAGGCUGGAGAGACGUGCUAAGUGCCGGAGGAGGUGGUGAAGUGAAGGCUCCCUUUAUUGGCAGUGGAGGGGCUGUGGCUGCAUCUUCUUUUGCUCCUCGAGGACAAUAUGAGCACUAUCAUGCUAUUUUUGAUCAAAUGCAGCAACAAAGAGCACAAGAUAAUGAAGCUAAAUGGAAAGGAGAACUGUGUAGCCGAAGGCUUCCAGAAAGGCUCAGGAAUGUUUACAUUCCUUCGUAUUGUCAAAGAUACAUAGAAAGGCAGAAGGGACGGCAAGCUGCGGACAGGGCGCGGCAGGUGGAGGAGUUCCUGCAGCGCAAGCAGGAGGCGCGGCGGAACAAGGCCCGGGCGGAAGGACAUACGGGGAUCCUGCAAACGCUGGCAGCUCUGUAUGGAGGCAGGCCCAGCUCUUCAAGAGGAGGGAAGCCGAGAAACAAAGAGGAAGAGGUUUAUCUUGCAAGGCUGAGACAAAUAAGACUGCAGAAUUUCAAUGAGCGCCAGCAGAUUAGAGCCAAACUUCGUGGAGAAAAGAACGAAGCUGAUGAUUCGGAAGGACAAGAAGGAAGUGAGGGAGCUGACCUGCGGCGUAAGAAAGUGGAAAUGCUCAAGGCCAAGGCGAGCGCGCGCGCCGCGGUGCUGAAGGAGCAGCUGGAGCGCAAGAGAAGGGACGCCUACGAGAGGGGGCGCAGGGCGUGGGGCGAGCAGCUGGUGGCUGAAGGAGCGAAGGGUCCCGACACACUCGUGCCUGUGGGACAGCAAGGAGCAGGCGGCUCUCCGUCGAAGCGACAGAGGAGAUCUGUCAUUUCUGUCACUUCAGCUUUGAAAGAAGUGGGUAUGGACAGCAGUUUAACUGAUACCCAGGAAACCUCAGAAGAAAUGCAGAAGACUAACAAUGCUAUUUCAAGUAAGCGAGAAAUACUGCGUAGAUUAAAUCAAAAUCUUAAAGCUCAAGAAGAUGAAAAAGAAAAGCACUCUGGUGUGUGUGAGAUAAUUGUUCAUGAAGCUGCCAAAGAAUGUGAGCAGGAAAAAUCGGUUUCUUCUGAUCGGAAGAAAUGGGAAGCAGGGGGUCAGCUGGUGAUUCCUCUGGGCGGUUUGACGUUGGAUACGUCCUUCUCUGCAACUGGAAAACAUACAGUGGGUGAGGUUAUUAAGUUAGAUCCUGGUGGAUCUCCAAGAAAGGUCUGGGGAAAAAGUCCUACAGAUUCAAUUCUGAAGUUACUUGGAGAAGCUGAACUACAACUUCAGACGGAACUAUUGGAAAAUACAUCCACUAGAAAUGAUAUUUCUCUUGAAGGAGAGAAGUACAAACCGUCAGUUACUGGGGAAGAAAAAAUAACAUGUAUUUCACUUGAAAUGAAUCCAUCAGCUGCUGCUGGUUCCCCCAUUGAGACGGACAGUCCAAAGCUGAGUGAGACACCUCCACGUGUGUCACUGAAAGCAGAAGGAAAUUUGGAUGAACCUGAUGACUUGGAAACAGAAAUUCUGCAAGAGCCAAGCAAAGCCAACAAAGACGGCAGCUUGGCACGCGGAGCCGUCAGCGUGUGGGCCAGUGAGACAGAAGGAGAGGGGACUGAGUUGGAAGACAAGGUCACCGUUCAGCAAAAUGAAGUUUCUGAAGAUGGCAUCUCAAGGACUGUGGACCACGGUAGUGAAGUUCAGAUAGAACCUGGAGUAGAUGGUUCUCAGCCCUCUGAGUGUGAUGGAGAGAAGUCUGUGCAGCCAGAGCCGUUCUUCCACAGAGUGGUUCAUCCCGGACACCUGCUCACAGCCCCGCAGGUCCAGUCAGCUCUCUGCUCACCAGAAGAAUACUUUCCACUUCGAUGUCACUCUGAUUCACCCCCAAACCACAAAAAUAAGAAUUCCUUGCUGAUUGGACUUUCAACCGGGCUGUUCGAUGCAAACAACCCAAAGAUGUUGAGGACAUGUUCACUCCCAGAUCUCUCGAAGCUCUUCAGAACUCUGAUGGAUGUUCCCACUGUAGGGGAUGCACGCCAGGACAAUCUUGAAAUAGAUGAACUGGAAGAUGAGCACAUUAAAGAGGAACCUUCUGAUUCUGAAGACAUUGUCUUUGAAGAAUCGGACACAGACCUGCAGGCGCUGCAGGCCUCAAUGGAGCAGCUGCUCAAGGAGCGGCCGGGGGAUGCGGGCAGCGAGGAGGAGGAGCCGGGGCUGCAGAGCAGGCCGGGGGGGCCCCCCGCCCCCGGGCCCGAGCUGGCGGAGGACGACAACCCCAGCAGCGAGAGCGCCCUGAACGAAGACUGGCACUCAGAUGACAGCGAUGGUGAGAUCACUAGUGAAUGUGAAUGCGAUAGUGUCUUCAACCACUUAGAGGAACUGAGACUUCACCUAGAACAGGAAAUGGGCUUUGAAAAGUUCUUUGGGGUUUAUGAGAAAAUAAAGGCUAUUCAUGAGGAUGAAGAUGAAAAUAUCGAGGUCUGUUCAACAAUAGUUCAGAAUAUUUUGGGAAAUGACCAUCAGCACCUUUAUGCUAAGAUUCUUCAUUUAGUCAUGGCGGAUGGAGCCUAUCAAGAAGAUAAUGAUGAAUAAUCCUCAGAGUAUUCUUUAAUCCUCACCUGUAUGGAAGCAUUCACAUUUGGCUCCUAAGAAUAACAAGCUUCAGUGGGAAAUGUAGCAAUAUUUUAUAAGUGAAAUAUCAGGUUUAAGGUGGGCAUGCUGAGUGCAUGAAAAAGAUGGAGAAAUAUACCAUUUUCAACUAAGUUUCUGGCAUUUUAUCUAUUUUAUUUUGUUCAUUGAGUUCUUUAGUUGCCACCUACAGAAUACGUGCUUUAUAAGUCAUACAAGGAAAGUUUAAGAGGCUGACAGAACUGGUUGUACUCGUUUUGAAGAAGAUUUACCGCAGGCCUAAGAGGCUGACGGAGAACUGGACUUCCUGGUUUGAAGAUUCACGGAGCAGCAAGGUAACUUUCCCUUUCAGCAAAGGCCUUCAAGCUGCAAGACCUGCUCAUGUCGUGGAAGACCUGCUCAGGGCUUUUCAGUCGUGGGUUCAAGGGCGACCUUUCUUCUGUCCGCCUGUUUUCAGGGCCGGUUACUUGGUGUCGCCUUGUCACGGGCCCUGUUCAAGUCUUUACAUUGUGAAGAUGGAAAUUUUAGCCUUAAAGUUUGUAUUCUGUUCUUUUUCAACCAGUGUGUCUCCUGAACUAGCUCAGUGGAAACAGGCUGUAGAAAGUCUUAGAAAUCAUUGAAAAUUCUGAUUACAAAAGAAUGGCAGAAUUGUAUUUCCUAAUAUUUAAAGUUGGUUAAUUGCUUCUGUUUCUCUUUAAGGACCAGAGCCAGGAAUAUCCUAUACAAAAAGUAGCCUGUGAAUCCUGAUACUGGCCCAGUGGAUGACGUAGAAUUGCCCUUUUUGUUCCUCACUUUCUCUCAUGCUGUGCUUCGAGGCCAGUAUGAAACUAAAAAGGAAAAAGGAAUUGUUUUUAUUUCGACCCUGUGACAGUUCUGGUAACUAGUAUUCCAAAGGGAAGAAAUGUAUGCCUCUUUUAUUUCCAUUAUGAGAGGCUUUAGUUAAGUCAUUUAGAUGAUGGUCACACAGCUUCAGCUGCAAUAUGCCGAGUAUUACAUUUCAUUAGACGUGUCUGAAAUCCCAGAUGCUUUUAGUAGUAAGAGCAGAAUUUUUGAAAUUCUGAAUACAAAGCAGCCUGAUCGGCAUAAUUUACAAUUUGAACAAUUAAAUCUUAUCUUGCAGCACUAUCAGUACAAUGCUGAAUUUGUUACGUAUAUUAUUUCUAACAUCCACAACUAAAUACUUGAUUUUUAUACGUUUGUUUAUUUUAUGGUAUUACUAUUAAAUUUUUAUUAACUACCUGAA